CCCUUCACAGUCCCACAAAGAAAUAUCACUGCCAUGUGACUGAGCAUUUCGAGGAUAAUUGGGUUGAGGUUUCACAAACGAGGGAGGCCCCUCUGGUUAAUGACCAAUGGCCGCACAAAGCCUUUCUUUUCUGCCAAUUAACCCAAAGAGAAACAAAAAAAAAAAAUUCAGUGUGGGAUUUUAUCCGGGUCAAACCAGGGCUGCAUACUUUCCUGCUAAGAGAUGCUGGUGUUGCAGGCCCUGCUGCGGCGAGCAUCAUGGGGUGUUUCCCCUUUUCCUUCCUGUCCAGAUUUUGGAGAUGGAAACGCGGAGGCGGCAAAGUGCAGGAGGUCACUGUAUGGACUGUUUCCUUACAAGUCCAGCAUGAUUGGCAUAGAGAACCUGGGCGAUCCGUCAGGUGACUGGGAUAUAGUGGAGACCAUUGGUAAAGGAACAUACGGCAAAGUCUACAGAGUGACCAACAAGAAGGAUGGGAGUCAGGCAGCAGUGAAAGUGCUAGACCCAGUCAAUGAUGUGGAUGAGGAGAUUGAGGCAGAAUACAACAUCUUGAGGUCCCUGUCCAACCACCCUAAUGUGGUGAAGUUUUACGGCAUGUUCUACAAGUCGGACAGCUUAUCGGGUGGACAACUUUGGCUUGUGCUUGAGCUGUGCAACGGCGGCUCUGUCACAGAACUCAUCAAAGGCCUGCUCAUCCGAGGCCAGCGUCUGCAGGAGCCCGUUAUCGCAUACAUCUUAUACAGUGCCCUGUUGGGUCUUCAGCAUUUGCACAACAACCGGAUUAUCCAUCGUGACGUCAAGGGCAACAACAUCCUCCUGACAACUGAAGGAGGAGUCAAACUGGUUGACUUUGGUGUCUCAGCUCAACUGACCAGUGCACGUCUGAGGAGGAACACAUCAGUCGGGACUCCAUUUUGGAUGGCUCCUGAGGUCAUAGCCUGUGAACAGCAGUACGACUACUCGUACGAUGCCCGCUGUGAUGUGUGGUCGCUCGGCAUUACGGCCAUUGAGCUGGCAGAUGGAGACCCCCCGUUGGCUGAGAUGCAUCCUGUUAAAGCCUUGUUCAAGAUCCCCCGAAAUCCCUCUCCUACUUUACGGAAUCCAGAGCAGUGGUGCAGAAGUUUCAGCCACUUCAUUGGCCAGUGUCUGAUAAAGGAUUUUGAGGCACGUCCGUCUGUAACCCACCUCCUGGAGCAUCCCUUCAUCAAGCAGGCCCACGGCAAAGAUGUGGCACUCCGACAGCAGUUGGCUGCUCUCGUUCAGGAGCAGCAAGAAGCAGGCUGCAAAACUAAAACCAAGCAUGAGCGGAUCAAUACUCGUAAAACCCUCAUAAUAGAGAGCUGUCCCGAUGAUGAUCUGGUAAACCUGGAGUUCUUAGAUGAGGAGACAAUAAUCAGCCAUCUCCAGAAGAGGUAUGAUGAGCUACAAGUGUACACUUAUGUUGGUGACAUCCUCAUCGCUCUCAAUCCUUUCCAGAAUCUCAGCAUCUACUCUCCCCAGUUCUCUAAGCUGUACCACGGCGUGAAGCGGGCUGACAACCCUCCACACAUCUUUGCUACUGCAGAUGCAGCCUAUAGAAGCAUGGUGACGUUCUGCAAAGACCAGUGUAUAAUAAUCAGUGGGGAGAGCGGUGCAGGGAAAACAGAGAGCGCCCAUUUGAUUGUUCAGCAUCUUACCUUCUUGGGAAAGGCAAAUAAUCGGACACUGCGUGAGAAGAUCUUGCAGGUGAACCCUCUUGUAGAGGCCUUUGGAAACGCCUGCACAGCCAUCAAUGACAACUCCAGCCGUUUUGGCAAAUACUUGGAGAUGAAGUUCACGCCCACUGGCGCGGUCAUCGGGGCCAAGAUAUCCGAGUACCUCCUGGAGAAGUCCCGAGUCAUCAAACAGGCUACGGGAGAGAAAAAUUUCCACAUAUUUUAUUACAUAUAUGCAGGACUUUACCACCAGAACAAGCUGAAGACUUACAGGCUACCCGACAGGACGCCCCCCAGGUAUAUUGACAGUCAGCACCACAAAGUGAUGCAAGACAUCGUCUCCAGCAAACUGUACAAGGAGCAGUUUGACGCAAUUCAGGAGUGUUUCCGAAAUAUCGGCUUUACCGAAGAGGAGCUCAACUCUGUUUACAGAAUUCUCUCAGCCAUUUUGAACACAGGCAAUAUUGAAUUUGCUGCCAUCACAUCCCAACAUCAGACUGAUAAGAGUGAAGUGCCUAACUCAGAGGCCUUAGAGAACGCUGCGUCUCUCCUCAGCAUCGGCCCUGAGGAACUCCAGGAGGCACUGACCUCCCAGUGUGUGGUCACCAGGGGCGAGACGAUCAUCCGCACCAACACCGUGGACAAAGCCGCCGAUGUCCGAGACGCCAUGUCCAAGGCCUUGUAUGGACGCCUCUUCAGCUGGAUAGUCAACCGCAUCAACUCCCUGCUGCAGCCUGACAUGAAUAUCUGUGCCGCAGAGAGCGGGAUGAAUGUGGGAAUCCUGGACAUCUUUGGAUUUGAAAACUUUAAGAAGAACUCUUUUGAACAAUUGUGCAUCAAUAUUGCAAACGAGCAGAUCCAGUUUUACUUCAACCAGCAUAUAUUUGCCCUUGAACAGAUGGAAUACCAGAGCGAGGGGGUGGAUGCCAGCCUGGUGGAGUACGAGGACAACAGGCCCAUCCUGGACAUGUUCCUGCAGAAGCCCAUGGGUCUGCUGUCCCUGAUGGACGAGGAGAGCCGCUUCCCUCAAGCCACUGACCAGACCUUAGUGGAUAAAUUUGAGGACAACUUGCGCUGCAAGUACUUUUGGAUACCAAAACGUGUGGAGCUUUGUUUCGGGAUUCAGCAUUAUGCAGGAAAGGUGAUGUACAGUGUGGACGGGUUUUUGGAGAAAAACAGGGACACUCUUCCUGCAGACAUCGUUGUGGUUCUGAGAACAUCGGAGAACAAACUUUUGCAGCAGCUGUUUUCCAGCCCUUUAACUAAAACAGGGACCUGUAAAUGCCUGCUUUCAGUCCCAGUGGCAUUAAAAGAAGCUUCAAUUCACAAAAGACACCUUAGCCGAGACUCUGGUAGAAAUCUGUGUGGUGUUUCUGUAAACUUCAAUUGAAGGUUGUGCACAAGGGAGCCUUCAGCCACUUCCCUUUUGCAAUUAACAGCUUCAGAGGAGUACACACUAUAAAAACAAAUUCAAGGAACACUUCAUUUCAGUGCACAAAGGCGCUGAAUAGAUACUAAGAUGUGCUGUAAUGUUUACUGCUGCUGACAUAGUGUCAUUUAGGUCUAAGAGCCUCUUUAUCUCCUUUUUGUUCCACUGCACUUUUGUCUGUCCUGCCAUUCAGACUGGUGGAUCACGUAAAUGUGAUGAUUUGUCGGAGAAAUAAACUGUUAGAGUGGUGCGCAGAUUAAGCCUUUUUAUCCUAAAGGGCUCGACCAAUGCUCACAGUUAUAGGCUCUUUUGCGUGUACGUUUCGAUGCUGUAUAACUGCAUUAGGCUUGCAGUCAACUCUCUGUUAUGUCUUUGGAGUUGGAGGUCCAAUUUUCCUCUUGCAGUUUGAGAAACUGCAGAUCAUCUCGUUAGAUAAAAGCUAUGAAACGCUCUGCUCCGGCUUAUCAUUCUGGAGUUUGCAGUUUAAAGUGAGAUACAGUAUAGCAUAAGAAAAUUAUAAAUCUAUUCUUCGGGGUAAAAUUUGUGGGGGGAUUUAAUUUGCAUUUUACUUCACAUUAUAGAUUCACUGUUAUCUGUGAAAUUACCAUUAUCUGGGGGGAUCUGAUGGAAAUCUGUUUUACACCAGGGUGGUUUCACACUCUGGGUCGCCUCCUCACAGUGUCACCACUAGGGGGCACUCUUGUAGACCUGCAGCUUGACACUGAAGUAAAUAAUGUACCUGAAAUGUCAAACUACUCACAUAAAUGCAGCAAACGCUCCCGUUUCUGCAGGUACACAAAAUACAGGAACAAUUUCUCCCAGAUUUUUUUUCGCCAUGUUAUAUUUUGUUAAAGAUUAACGCAGACAUACAAUCCACAUUAAUUUAAUAUUUCAGUACAUUACUUGUUCACCUCACAGACCAGAUUGAGAACGAGAUGGUCUGAGUAUCGAUGCGGUUUGUGUUUGGAGAACAGUAGGAAACUAAGAGGGCCCCAGAAAGUAAAAAGCUCCGAGGCUGUGAAUAGGGAGGCCACUUGAGCCCUGCAGAAUGUGGGUCCUUGAGGCUUGGACAUGUGGUGGUGUUUUGUCAGAGGAAAUGGGAUGUAUUUGCAUGGACAAAUUCAUCAGAGCCAGGGCCUUUCCCAGAUCAGGGGGUUCACAGUGUUUGAAUUGGCUGGGCUCAGAAGGGCCUGCCAGGGUCUGGGCAGCCUGUGGUCACAGUAUGGGUCUGUGUGUGUGUGUGUGUGUGUGUGUAGCCGCAGGGCUGCCUGGCCUCGCUGCUCAUAGCACAGCACCUCAAAACUGCCAGUCCUUUGUCAGAUCACAAUGAAAAUGGAGGAUGUGCAGUGUGAUGUGUUCCCUGUGAUAAGUUCACAGACAGUGGAGUGUAAAAACAUAUUUCCUGUUUAUUUCCUUGUUUCUUAUUGAUAUGCGCUAUUUAUCUUUUCCAGGGCUUGAACACUUUAUAAUGUAUGUAGAAAGAGAAUCAUUGGUAUGAGCAAGACCUGCACUGUGCUGCUGCAAUUUGUUGUCAUUUUGAAUUAUUAGCAUGCACACCAGCUGAGCACUUGAAAUAUUCAUGUGAUUAAACUCAAGCAGUGGCACCACGUAUGUAGAGGUGUCUGAUGUACUGCUACAUGUAUGUAUGUAGCGGAAAAUAUGUUACACCUGGAGUCAUGUAUUCUGUCCUACUUUAGUAUGAAAAUGACUUUUUGUGGUGAGGUCAUUUAACGUCCUCCUCUCCUCUCUGAGAUUGUAUGUAUUUAUUCUGUGACUGUUAAUCUGUGUGUUCUGCUAAAGCCAUAAAAAAAGACAGACAGCCAUGA